ACAUCCUGGUCAGAACACCAUGAAGGUUUUGGUCCUAGCGGUCCUCAUUGUGGCCGUGUCUUCGGGCCGCCUCGACACCCAAGCGAACAAUCCCCAAACGCAGUUUCCAUGGCAAGUUGGCAAGCUCUAUAAGUAUGAAGUCUUAUCUCAUACACUUGCCAACCUCCCUGAAGGUGCAAGUACUGGAAGUUUCUACAAGGGCCAGUUUGUAAUACGAGUCAAAGCACCAGGUAGACUACAGGCACGAUUUGAGAACCCUACACAUGCCACAGUACAUCAGAAUCUCCAUAAGAAUGACUUGCCGGAAGACAAUAGCUUCCAGCCAGUUGCUAACCUUGAUAAGCCUUUCGAGAUUAUAGUGGAUGGUGGGCGAGUCUCAGCCUUAAACUUCCCUGCAGCUCUGUCUCUUGCUAAUGAGAACUUACUGAAAGGUCUCAUAGGGUCUUUGCAAAUUGAUCUAUCUCCGCACCGCAACAUCCACUCCCCUCGCGAUACUUAUGACAGUGCAAUUCAACAAGGUCAAUUCAGAAAGAUGGAAACUGAUGUCACUGGUGACUGUGAAACUUUAUACACAGUAUCACCGGUAGCUUCUGAAUGGAGAAGAGAACUUCCAAAGUAUAAAAAUGACGAAGAACCAUUUGAAAUCACUAAAAGCAAAAGCUAUGGCCACUGCCACCAUAGAGUCGACUAUCAUUUUGGUGUCCCUGAAUCUGCAGAAUGGACUGGUACUGCACAUAAUGCAAAAGAGGAUCAGCUAAUUAAGAGAUCAACUGUAUCCCGCUUUUUGGUGGGCAAAAAUGGUCCAAUUUACUCAGCAAAAACAACCAGUACUGUAAACGUGAACCCUCACAUGUACGGCGAACAACAGGCUGAAGUACACAGUGAAAUAAAUCUUAAAUUAGUUGAACACCAAGCAGAUAAUCAACCAGAAUGGGAGCAGCCUGAGGGUGGCCGUGCAAUCCAGAAUCUUUUGUAUUCAUUGUCGUCAAAACAAGUUACAAUUGAUGAAACCUCAUCUUCCACCUCGUCUGAAUCUCAAGAAAGGGCAACAAUAAGUGAAGAACAACCAUCUCGGGUGAGGCGUUCAUCUAAGUCCCAAUCGAAACAAGUGAAUGUAGCUAUUACCAAAAAUAUUAUAAGAGGUCAUAGUCAAGAACACGACAGUUCACAGAGCUCAUCUAGCUCAAGUGACUCAGCUUCAGCAUUUGUGAAUGAUGACAUUCCCAAAGAAAGUGAACCCGCCUAUGCAGCUCUUUACAUGAGCCCACAACCACGUGUUGAUAAGAAGCAAAAUCCAAUGAACGCUCAAAAACUUCUUCAAGAAUUAGCUCAACAGCUUCAAAAUCCUAGCAAUAUGCCAAAGGCUGACUUUUUGUCAAAAUUCAACAUUCUUGUCCGCAUUGUUGCUUCCAUGAGCUACAGCCAGUUAGUACAAACAAGUCGCAGCAUUGAAAUUGCAAAAUCGCAUGCAGACGAAGUGAAAAAUGACAUGUGGAUGAUUUAUCGUGAUGCGGUAACCCAGGCUGGUACCUUGCCUGCUUUCCAAAUGAUUCGAACUUGGAUUCAAGAAAAGAAAAUUGAAGGAGAGGAAGCAGCUGAGGUUGUAGCAGUCUUGUCUAGAACACUGCGCUACCCAACUAAGGAUGCAAUGACACAGUUCUUCAAUUUAGCCCUGAGUCCGGAGGUAAAACAACAAUCAAACCUUAACACAACUGCAUUGCUUGCCGCAACCAAAUUUAUCCACAUGGGGCAAGUCGAUAACAGAACUGCACAUCGGUACUACCCAACACAUAUGUAUGGACGUUUUUCUGAUAAAAACGAUGGUUUUGUCCUGAACGAGAUUUUGCCACGACUUUCCCAAGAGCUCCGACAAUCUGUGGAGCAGGGUGAUAGCCACAAAGCACAAGUUUACACAAAGGCAAUCGGAAACUUGGGUCACCGUGAGAUCUUACAGGUAUUUGCUCCAUACUUAGAAGGUAAAGUACCAGUGUCAACUUUCCUUAGAGCUCAAAUGAUUGAAUCUUUACGGACUUUGGCAUCGGAGAAGGACAGAUACGUACGAGCAGUUUUGUACAGCAUUUUAAGAAACACUGCAGAGCCAUAUGAAGUAAGAGUUGCUGCGAUUUUAAAUAUAUUAAUAGGUCAUCCCACUGGUGCCAUGAUGCAGGCCUUAGCCGACAUGACAAAAACAGAUCCUAGCAUUGAAGUGAGGGCAGCAAUAAAAAGUGCGAUCGAAAACGCUGCUGAUCUUAAGCAUCCCCGAUUUUUCGAGCUAGCCAGGUCGGCACAAGCUGUAAGAGGAAUGCUGACAAAGGAGCGAUUCGGUAAACAAAACUCAAAGAUCGCUUCACUUCCGCAAUAUGAAGAUAAUGAUGAUGUUGGUACUUUGGGAGUGUUGUCAACUAUUGGGGCAGAAGACAGCGUUUUACCUAAAUUCCUCAGAUUCAACUGGUUGGACAGAGUGGGUAGUUGGAACAGAGAAUCGGCUAUUUCGGGAACUGUGUCCAGCUGGCAAACAGUUACUCAGUUCGUGAAGGAGUUCCUAUACAAAGACAAGCGCCAAUCAAAGACUGGAGCGGAACAUAAAUAUUCGGCAGAUAAAAUUGCUGAAAUAUUUAACAUUCAAUACCAAAAGGAACCUGCUGAAGCAUCACUUUACGUAAACUUCAUGAAUCAGCAAAGGUUCUUUGCUUUCAGCGAAGAAGACUUAAAACAAAUGCCAGAAAAAUUAUUUGAUGUAAUGAUGGAUCUAAACAGCGGCAUGCAAAAACACUAUACUAAAGUCAUCAACAAAGACCAAGUAUAUAUUAUGUUCCCAGUAGCAUCUGGUAUGCCCUUCAUUUAUAGAUUCAAGAAGCCAGCUGUUAUCCAUAUGCUAUCAAAAUCUAAGGGUCAAUUUAAUCCAUCUAACGGUAAACUUUACGGUAGCAUGAAUAGAGACAUCUCAUUCGUGUAUGCUGAGAACCAUGAUGGCAGUGUUGGAUUCUUAGAUACGAUUUCCAGCGAAUACGCAAGUGUUGGUGUGGUCGGCAAAUUACAACUCUACAUACCUCUUAACAUAAACGUCGAUAUUAAGUCUGGAGAAGUCAAAGUUCAGUUGAGUCCUAUCAAUUCAGAACAAGACUCCAAUAUCCUUCAUUACAGUAUUUGGCCAUACAGUGCAAACCAAAAGAAGGAUACUUUGGUCACAAUCUCACAGGACCCAACGACGAAACUAAUCAACAGAAACGAGAAAGCUUCUUCCGUUGACUACAGAUUUGGCCAGCAAAUGGGAACACAGUUCCAAGUCAAUGGAUACUCAUACUCAAAUGAUUUUAGAAAUGUCAUCAACCUAUUCCAAUCUCGUGAUUUACUCUCUCACGUUUUAACCCCAUUCAAUCUAAGAGAUGUCAGUCAAACUCACUUCAACUUACGCUACCUUGGAAAACAAUCUAAUAGCAAGGGUGUUACUGUGAUCGCUGCUUACGAUGCGUUAUACAACCAAAAACUGGAAGGUGAAAUGCCCUCUGUCGCUUCUGAUGUAGCUGAUGCCUCACCUAACAGCCAAGCAAGAAGGGAUGAGCUCGUUAAGCGUGUUGUAACUGGCAUAAAGUCGGCUCGAGCAUAUGUCUUGGAUAUCAGCGCACAAUUCCAAACACCACAAAAAUUAGAGUAUGUGUUUACUUCAGUUGUUGGUCAGAGUGAUAUUGAUCCCAAGACUCAAUAUGCCGUCUUCGCUGGAAGAAAUUCAGCUCAACAUGGCAACACUCAAAUAAAUGCUGUUGGAAAACUUGUGAGACCAAAAUCAGCGAACUUGAAUUACGCACAAGCCCUCAAGAACGACAUUAAAAUGACUCUCGAAGCAGACAUUCGCUCUGGGCAGAAAGAUAACAUACACAUUCAGGCUAAUGCUGAGAGAACCCAAAAAUAUGUUGAAGCUCUUCAACAACAACCAUCUUCACAGAAGUGCCUUGAAGAUUCUGCCAAAAACAAUUACUACCAGCCUGCUUGUCAAUCAAUGAUCAUUUAUGCUCAAGUACCAGAUAGCUACAAGCUCAGUGCCACAUACAAUCUUAAUCCAUCAGCAAAGAAUAUUGCGUUCCAAGUAUACAGAAUCAUGAGGGUAGUAGCGCCUUCGCAAUCUGCAGAAAAUCCACAAAAGGCACUGCCUGAUGGUAAACUGGAGAUGACAUUUGAUUGGUCACACUUAGCUCAAUACGCAGGCAUGGCCUUAAGCUCUCGCUACGGAGAAUUGAAUGUAAGAAACAUUCAUGUGUCACCUGCAACAUCCCACCUAAUGUCUGUAUACCAACCAAUUGGACCAAUGGAGCGAGUACUUAACUACUACACUAGAAACCAAUACCAACCGCACUGUUCGGUUGACGGAUCCAAAAUAAGAACCUUCAGUGGACGUCAAUACAACUACGCACUAAGCCGCAACUGGCAUUUGGUGAUGUACAACAAGGCUGACAACUCUGAUGACCUCGUAGUCCUCGCGAGAAGACCAAGUGAAAAGAGACAGGAGGUGUACAUCUCUUACAGAUCGCGAAACGGCCAGAACCUAGAAAUUGAGAUCGCGCCAGGUUCAGCAUCUUCUAACAACCACAAUGUCAAAGUGCACACAAACACCAAAAAGGUUUCUGAUGGUGAGCUUACCACUUACUGGGAUGACAAAGAAGAACAGCCAAUUCUGGAAUACUACACUGCACAGGACGGAGCACUUGUACUAAGAGUCGGAGACGAUCGUUUGAGAGUAGUCUUCGAUGGUGAAAGGCUUGUAGUCAUCUCCAGUGAAGGUAGAAACGAUAACAGAGGUAUUUGCGGUAACAUGAAUGGUGAACCACGAAAUGAUUACAAAACGCCAUACGGCAUAGUCGAUCAGCCAGAGCAAUUCGCCGCCUCAUACGCCUUACCAGACCAAAACGGAGAACCAAAAACACAACAGUUACAAGCCCAAGCUAAACAAAUGGCCUACCAACCACAAAACCACUACACUGCAAUCCUUCAAUCAGACGAUAACUGGAAGACUGCCAUGGAAUCUCCGUCAUCGGACGAAGAAAAAUGGGGGGAUAGCAAUGUUUACAAGUCAAGGAGCUACUCGAAGAAGAAAGGCACUUGCAAAAUGCAAAAGCAAGUACAAUUUUACGAGAAUUACGGAGAAAUCUGUAUCACCACAAAGCCCUUACCGGCUUGUCAGUCUUUCUGUAACGUCGACAGCUACAAGGUACAGUCCGCACAAGUAGUAUGCAGACCCAAGUUAGACCAAGAGUUCAUCACAUACAGAAAUCAAAUAAGACUGGGACAGAACCCUAAAGUAACUGGGGUCCCACAGAGUCGGCAGUACAACGUACCAGCCACAUGUAAAGCAAAUUAAUUGUUUAAACACAACAGUUAAAGACUAUAAUGGCCUGAAACGGACAACGAAUUUAAAUAUUUUUUUAUAGUAUCCAUAAUUUUUCGGUGGUAUAGUAUAUAUUUAUAAAAAAUGUCUUAUUGUAUGUAUAAUUAAUAUGUAUUUUAUGUAUCUAUCUUUUUUUAUUGAUAUUUCUAUAGUAUUAUAAUGUAUUGUAUUUUAUGAUUAGACUUAAAGAAGCAAAAAAAAAAAUAAAAAAAAAAUGUUUAUAGUAAUAUUAUAUUGUAUACAGUACCUAGUCAGUUCAACUGAAAGGAAUGUGAUAAUUAAUAAUUGUAAAUACCCAAUAAUUAUCAAUGAUACUACCCGACAAAAUAUAUAUAUUAUGUAUGAGCACUCUGUUA